AUGGAUGGACGCUGGUCAGGAGCUGAUGCAUAGCUAGCAGUAGCAGGUGAAUGGGCUGAAUCUCUAUUCCACAGAUUGAAUAUCGAUCCUAAAGAACAUAAAAUGAGACGGGCCAACAGGUUGCCGCGAGCUGGGAAUUAUCUGCGAAGAUCUGAGCUGGGAUCAUUGAACCAUAAUAAUUCCUUGCUUUCUGCAAAUAUUGAAGUUUUUCGGGUAUGCACUUUCUAAAGGAUGUUGAUGUGCCUUACGGAAAACGAUCUUUCUACCGAGUCUGGAGACAGUAUCUAUAGAAAGAAGAUAAUGUUGAUAUGCUGGACUGAUGGAGAAGUAGCUGUUCUUGAAGAGGGUUCACUACUUUUAAGGCUUUAAAUUGAUCUGAAAUUAGGUGUAUGUUUUACCAGGAUGAAAGGUUGUGUCGAUAUAAAUCUAGAGGUACUUAGUUUACUUCCCUCUUACUUUUCUGAAGACUCUGAGAACUUUGCAGCUUAAGAGUGAGUUAUAAACGACUUACAUUUUCAGAAAUGUUUACCCUCAUUUGGAACUGUAAUCUCUGAGGAAGAACAGAGUUGUUACUCCAGAUAUGGAAUUGGUACCGUGCUGCAAAUAUGCAAGUUUCCAGUAGUGUGAAUCUUCUUGGAACAGUACACGAUGCGAAAAAAGAGAGAUUUGUUAUUUAGCCAUUAGAUGAGUUUGGACGCAAAUAGGAAAAGAUUCUUCUGCAAGCUCCAUACCGGUUCACCUUUUAGACAUUAGAUGUAGAGAUCCAGUCUGCUAAGUCACGUAGCAUUGUAUGCUUUGCAUUAACGUUAGCUAUUAAAAGCUGCUCAUUUCAUGGUCUAUACAGGUUUUGAUUAUUCUUCUCCUUG